GCUUUCGCUUUGACAGAAAAGCAUUGGAGGGGGUAGCACAAGGGUCCACCAAAAACGUUGGCAGAACCAUGGCUACAGAAACCAUAUCUGCAUGCACUGGAUCCAGUCUUCUCCAGCCCAUCAGCGAGAUCAUUGACCUCCCACUGGACCAGGUGAACUUUGUGGUGUGCCAGUUGUGUGCUCUGCUGACUGCGUUCUGGUUCCGGCUCUACCUGGACCCCAGCAGGAGCAGCCCCUUCCUCAGGCACCUGGUGGCCACUCUACUGGGACUCUACUUCGCCACCUUCUGCUUCGGAUGGUACGCCCUCCACUUCCUGGUCCAGAGUGGCCUGACCUACGGAAUCAUGAUCCUGGCAGGAGUGGAGCACAUACACAAGUACUGUUUGGUGGUUGCUCUUGGUUAUCUCAGCUUUUGCCAGAUCACACGUGUCUAUGUCUUUGAUUAUGGGAUGUAUUCGGCAGACUUCACAGGGCCCAUGAUGGUGAUUACACAGAAGAUCACCAGUCUGGCGUUUGAGAUCCAUGAUGGAAUGGCCCGUAAAGAGGAGCAGCUCAGUCCCAGUCAGAGGAUGCUGGCCAUCAGGAGGAUGCCCAGUCUGCUGGAGUACUUCAGCUACAACUGUAAUUUCCUGGGCAUCCUGGCGGGCCCCACCUGCUCCUAUAGGGACUACAUCGCCUUCAUAGAGGGCUCGCCCAGCCCGCGCCAGCUGCACUACCACCAUCCGCCACAGGGGGAGCCAGCCAGCUGCAGCCGGGGGAACCACUACAGGAGAGGCAGGCAUCCAGAGACACCAUCCCCUAAUGGGGUGGUGGCGCGUAAGCUGGCGACGAGCUUCCUGUCCCUGCUGGUCUUCCUGUCCGUGUGUAAGGUGUUCCCCGUGGAGCGCAACACGGACGAGCACUUCAUCUCACACACGCCCUUCUACGCGCGCGUGGUCUUCCUCUACCUGUCCAUGCUCACCACGCGGCCCAAGUACUACUUCGUCUGGACCCUGGCUGAUGCCAUCAACAAUGCUGCCGGCUUUGGCUUCAACGGCUACGACAGCGACGGCUCUGCUCGCUGGGACCUCAUCUCCAACCUGAGGAUAUGCAACAUUGAGCUUGCAACCAGUUUCAAAAUGUUUUUGGACAACUGGAAUAUCCAGACAGCGCACUGGCUAAAAAGGGUGUGUUACGAGCGCUGUCCGUAUCACCCCACCGCUGCUACCUUCAUCCUGUCGGCCAUGUGGCACGGGGCCUACCCAGGCUACUACCUCACCUUCCUCACCGGCAUAGUGGUCACCCUGGCCGCCCGCGCAGUCAGACACAACAUACGACCUCACUUCCUGGGUUGCCCAUGGCACAAGCUGCUGUAUGACAUCAUCACGUGGGCGGGGACUCAGAUCGCCAUCUGCUACACCGUGGUGCCCUUCGUGCUGCUCGCAGUGGAACCCUCACUCCAGUUCUACAGGUCCUGGUUCUUCUGUCUGCACCUAGCGUGUGUGCUCCUAGCCUUGGCUCUCCCCGUCAAGCCCCGACACCUGAGGCUGAAGGAGCUACAGACACAGACACAGACAAAGGCACAGACACAACCUCAGACACAGACACAACCUCAGACACAGACACAACCUCAGACACAGACACAACCUCAGACACAGACACAACCUCAGCACCUCAGCAGCAGUAGCAGUAGCAGCAGCUUGGAGUACAAUCACCACCACCACCACCAGUACAAUCACCAUCUGUGGCAACACCCCCACCCAGUGGACGCAGUUUGUAACUGCAGCCAGAAGGAGAAAACGUCAUGAAGACAGCAAUGGGGGGCUGUCCACAGAGGACGCCCCCAUUACAUACACUGGCAGAUCUGUGGAGAGGUAGACCAUGAAGACAGCAGCAAUGGGGGAAAAUGCUCAACAUAGAGACAGCUAACUGCCUCCUAUCAUAUGCCCCCAUGACAUAUACUGAACUACAGACCUGUGGUGGAGGGGUAGACCAUGGGAGGAACGCUCUCAACAUACUGGAUGGAUGCACAAAGCUGCACAAAGGCACACAU